GGGAGACGAUAGGACAAAAAAGUGAUGAUGAUGAAUACAUUGGAAAGUUUUUUGGCCACGGCGAGGGUGUCAGAUUGAAUGGCCUGUGCGCAUGUGCGAAGGUGUCCAAACUGACAAUGCUGGUGAGAUGAAGAUAGUGUUGUUGCAGCUUCUGGGCUCACGGAGGACGACGAGAGGAAUCUACAAGCCGACAAGAUGAGAUCCAAGGCGAGGGCGAGAAAACUGGCAAAAAAUGACAGUGAGCCAGUGGACAGCAUGUACGACACAGAGGCCGACCUCCCGGGUUUAGCGCCGAGUAGUGGAGGUGGUGUCGACAGUCCAGAAGAUGAUGCAGAUGACAGUGUCAUCAACAUGUCCCCACUGCCCUCACCCACCCCUUCUCAUCCAAACAACAUCCACCACCACCUGCUGCACCCCCACAUCUACGCUGCACACCACCACCACCUUCACAACAACAGCAACAGCAGCAGCAAUGACCAGGACUUCACCACGCCUAAGGAGGGUUCGCCCUACGAGGCACCCGUCUACAUUCCAGACGACAUUCCCAUUCCCGGCGACCUGGAGCUGCGGGAGUCCUCUGUGCCCGGUGCCGGCCUGGGUGUUUGGGCCAAGAGCCGAAUAAGUGCGGGUGAAAGGUUUGGGCUUCACAGCAUGCUGCAUCAUGGGGCCACGGGCAAAGACAGCUCCUUUGGAUGGGAGUUGUAA